UUAUAAGGCCCCCACUGAGCCAGAAACCACUCAGAUAUACUCGGCACUCCGAGCUAGCAAGUUAUCUCUCGUUAUAAAAAACAACCACUUUGUUUAUUUCGGAGAUUGUGAUAAUCAGAGUGUCAGUUUGUGAUAAUCAAUCAUUUGAUUUUUAUCUUUUUAUUUGAAAUUUUAAAAAACUUUCAACGUUAAUCAACAAUAUGUCUCCACACACUACCGCUUAUGCAGUUGCUGGUGGCAUGGAGUACGAAGAGCCGGUGUCCAGGACUUACCAGUACCGGAAAGUAAUGAAGCCAAUGUUGGAGCGCAAACGUCGGGCCAGGAUCAACCGCUGCCUGGACGAGCUCAAGGACCUGAUGGUGAACGCGCUCCAAGCUGAGGGUGAGAACGUCGCAAAACUCGAAAAGGCCGACAUCCUCGAGCUGACAGUUCGCCACCUUCACUCGCUGAGAGCCGCCAAAAGAUUGACUCUCACUCCUGAAAAUACCUACGCAGACAAGUUUCGCGAAGGAUUCACCCAGUGCGCUCAAGAAGUUUCUACUUUUUUGCAAACAACAGUGACCAGUGUUCACCCAGUGGCCGGUGCUCAGCUCAUUCGCCAUCUCGGUGGCUGCCUCCGUCGGCUGGAAGGACCUGUCAACCCCAACGCCGUUCACCAACAAUCCACUCCAGUGGUUCAACAGCAGCAGCAUCAACACAAUCACCAACAGCAGCUUCCUCCUGCAAUUAUUCCUGCAAAUACUACGACUGACAUCACCAAGGUACCACAGAACGUCUACACCCCGCCUCAAAGUCCAAUGAGCGUCGCGAGCUCCUCAGGUGACUCCAGUGAAUCAACAUCUGUCUGGCGUCCAUGGUGAAUAAUUUAUUUCGGUAAUAAAUUUGUUGUUACUGAUAAAGUUCAUGAUGAUACCAAGGAUCUACUGCGACUGGGAUACGCUGGUGGUACCAAUAAGGCUGACGGGCAAAGCGCUGCAACUUGAAAUAACCGGACAACAACUGCUGCUCCAAUCCGGGAUAGUAAAUAAUAUAAGAAGAUAAUUAAAAUUAUUAACAUUUAUUUUAUAAAGAUUUAAAAUUAAUUGUUAAGCGACAAAUCAACGUCUUCCAAUUCUGUUAUUAAUUUUCUUGCAAUUUCGUGAUUUAAUUAUUUCAUUUUAGUAUAAAUUUAUUAAAAUUUUUUUCAUUUUUCUUUGAUAUUAGCUUUCAUUGAUUAUGAAUAAUUGUUUUUUUGAUUUUUAAAAUAUCAAAAUAUUGUAUGGGUGAUGAAGCUUUAAGUAAUGUCUGUGAUAGGGUUUUUCGUACCUGAGAUUACUAUUUUCUCAUAUAAAAUAAAAUAUUAAAAUAUAAUAUUAUAGAAGUUAACUUGUUAUGUUUAAGAAGCUUUUUAGCCUUACCACAUUUAUAUAUUGAUUUGAUAAAAAAAAAAUCCACAUUUUUAAAAAACACUGAUUAUUAUUUUUGAAUAAAAUAAUCGUUAAAUAUAAC